GAAAAAAGAGGAGAGCUUUCUACACCUCCAACAGACCCGUGACACCAUGUCAGGUCGUGCUGCGGGUUCGCAGCGGAGCUCCCUUCGGACCUCGCAAGGUCCCAGCGUGCCAGGGUCUUCACCCGCUGGCAAGGCCGCCAGCAAAGGGCUCCUGCGUUCUUCGACACGCCACUCUGUCGAGUCACAGCCAGGGCGGCCCCUCAUCCCCUCGGAGCCUCCUCACCGCCCCAAGAGGGACUCUGCGCUGUCAACUGAAGGUGGUCCACGCAGCACGUCCGCGGCGGCGAGCGGAGCAGGGAGCGCGUCGCCUCCCGCCCGAGGCACAGGCGGUCGCAAACCGCAACUGAGAUCACUCAAGACGAGCGCAGGGGCGGCGGUGGGGGAGUCAGAGCGGUCCGACAAGGGCGAACCUCCGCCGCCAAAGGUGAGUCCGAGAGGAAUGGGCAGGUAUCCCGUCCAUCCGGAUACGCUGCUGCAUGAUAUCCCUCCUUGUAUGUGUUCAGAAGCAGCCGUCUCGCAAGAACACAUCUGGGAUGGGUUUGAGUGGCCUGUCGCAGUCGCCAAGAGCGUCACAGUCGUCCAGCCAGCCGUCGCCCGCAGGGAUCCUCAAGAAGGCACCUUCGCCUGCUGGCCGAGCUGAGGCGGACAAGAGGCUCAGCCAACAGAGCAUUGCCAGUCUCGCCUCUGCUGCCUCAGGGCCCGGGUGCAAGGGAAGAGGGAGGAGGGAGGGAGACACCAACAUUCCGACGUACAUACAUCUCGGCUUCCUUAUUGCGUGCAGGGGCAUUCCUAUAGAGCUUCUCGCUCGCGACCGCGAUGACGCUCUCAACAGGUCUGAGGGGUCCGUCGGAUCGUCGGUUAGCGGCUUCCUCUCCAAUCCGCAGUGCAGCUCUGAGGACCUGGAACAAGAGAGAAAGUCGGCACAGCCUGACAGAGACACAAACACACAUGAGGCGUGCAAUUAAGACCGUUCAUUCUUACAGGGGCGAUAUGAGUGGAGGAGAGGAGGAGCCUAAGCGUGACAGCAAGGCACAGAGUUUGAGUGGCUCGGGGGCCCGCCGGAGGUCGGUCAUGUUUGGUGGAGGCAAGCAGGGCGGCAAGGAGGAGAAAGAGGUCUUUGAAGUCCCCACUGACCGCGCCAGUCGAGAAGCGAGGAAGAGCAUCAUGUUCGCCAAGUCGCCAAAGUACGGACGGGCGCGCAGCAGAAAAUGCGAGGAUGAUUCUUGUCUGUACGUGUACGUGUGCGUCUGUGUCUUGCCAGGUCCAGUCCGAAGGCGAGCACGUCUCCGAAGGCGGUGUCUCUGAGCAAGGCGGGCAGCACGAGUCAGAAGAGCGUUGACGGCAAGGGCAUCAAGGCCCUGCCCUACGUCAGGCUGUGGCGCCAGAAGAUCCAGAUGGUCAAAAUGUCAGAAAAAUUCGCAAAGGCACAGGAAGAAAUCGAGCGGUAAGCCAGCAGCAGCACAGCAGCGAACAAUGCACGUGCCCUCUUUUCUGUGUAUGCCUGCACUUAUAAACACGUACGUACGUCUAGGUUGGAGGACCAGGAGAGUCCCCCAAGCAAGAAGGGCGGUCUUUCGCGUGCAGGCACAUACUCAAGACUAUCAUCACGGGCCAGCGAAUUCUCAGAACGUAUGACACACACCACCCACUCAUUUCGUCACAUACGUCCUUGUCGCGCUCUGUAUGUGCAGUGACCCCUCUGCCGGCCUUUGGUGGCCUCGCCCCUCCGCAGGCCAGGGGUGCUGCGCGGCGUGCCUCGAUCGCCGUGCCGCCCGGCAUGCCACUCAACCGCCGGCAGUCGAUCGCCAUCGUCAAGCAGCAGCAGCAAUUUGAAGAACUCACCACGCAACUUGAUGAGGCACAGGUGAGUGGGCAGAGAGGGACAGGACAGGACAGGUGAGCGGUGCUGAUGCUGCGCGACCUGUGGCAGGAAAAACUGGAGGAGUUGAAUCGCCUGAAGAAUGCAUUGGACGCCGAAAGGAAGGAGAGAGAAAGGUGCGCACCAGACAACGCACCCACGCCCCUUUAUGGCUUUUCACAAUGCGGGCGGGAUGUCUGUCUGCAGAAUGGAGCAGUCUCUGCAGGAGGCGACCCGUGAGGCCACACAGUCGUCCAAAGCAAUCUCAAACGCACAGGUGACCAGAUGGGCACUGGUGCCGUCGCAAAGCUACGCAAACACUUGUGUCGCCCGUUGUAUUUCAGGAGGAGAAUCGGCGGCUCCGUCGGACGGUGCAGAACCUGGAGACAGAGCUGGUGGACCUGCAGGCCAGACUCACACACAUACAAGAGAAACGGAGACGUAACACACACACACACGGGGAAAGGGGAUGCGUAUUCGACGAUCUGUGUUUGUUCCUUUCUCUCGGUCCCGCAGAGAGUUUGGUGCAUCAGGGCAGCCAUGACAGCAGCCAGAGCACGGACAGGGAUGCAGCGAGGGAGGCGGAGAACGAGUGGAAAACCACACAGGAUCUGAUUCUCCAGGCUAAGUGAGCUUACCUCGCCUCUCCAUCCAAUGAGUAAAUGCCCAUGCCUGCCUGCCUGCCUGCCUCCAUUGCAGAGAGCGUGAAUACACGGCCAGGGUCGAGCAGCUCAAGAACGAGUGAGUGCCGAUCGGCAUAUUGUACACCCAUACACUUACAGUUUACGGCGCGGUGUCACUUCGUUUAUGUCACUCUUGCUUCAGCCUUGAGAGCGAGCAGAGCCGUCUGGUGCUUGAGGUGGAGCAGUGGAAGGCCCAGGUGGAUUCACUCAACUCUACCGUCACGGCACUGAACAGCCAACUCUCAGAGAAAGAGGUCUGGGACGCACAACACAUCACGCCAACAGCGCAACAGCACAUUGAAAGGACAACGUUUAUGUGGUGUCCCAGGACAUGGUGGCCAAGCUCCAGCGUCAUCUGACCGGUCACGAUAGCGAGCGACGGAUGUCCAACAUACGUGCCGGCUCACUGGCGUCCGAACUGGCCAUCGCGCAACUUGAGGAGGAAAAGGUCACCUCACGCCUGCACUGCACAAAACAAGGACACAUGAUGUGCCUGUCUGUUUGCAGGAGGAGCGGCGUCGCCGGAGCAUCGACCACGAGAUCGGCCCGAUGACGCCCAAGAGCGACUUCUCUCCCAAGGGAGUGGGCGGCUCCUUCAUCGAUUAUGAGUCGGAAGAAGAAGUGGCACCGCCACCACCACCCGCCAAGACCGCACCCAAAGCUAGGGGCAAGUCGACGCCUGCGGCAACGCCAAAGACGCCCAAGAGCAUUCUGAUGACCUCGUCACGGGUGAGUGACGUGGGCAUGUAGGAAGGCACAUAUCGUCCAUGUACUUUGGUGUCUCUGUCUGGCUCAGAGCGCAUCGGCCAAGGCGGCCAAGCCUGGGCUGAGCAUCCAGCUGCCGGGUGACCGUCGUCGGUCGUCGACCAUGUCUCAGGGCAGCGUGACGUCCAAGAAUUUCUCUGUGCCCGGGACGACACCAAAGGUCCCACCCGUCACGCCGAAGACACCCGGCAAAGCGCUGGGCACAGGGGUCAGCAGAGAUGGCUAUGGCUCUCUGCGACUUGUCUGUCGCACAUACGUGUGUGUUAAUGUGUGUUGCAGGAUGAGGCUUUGAAGGAUCAGCUGAAGGAGAUGGAGGAGUACGCCAGAAUGACAGAGGAACAACGGUCAGUGACAGUUGUUCAAAAGGGGCGGAGCACUCAGUCUCCUUCAUCCAUGUCGUCCUGCUGUGCAUGUAUCAGUCGGAAGCUGGAGAAGGAGUAUCAGUCGCUCCAGUUCGCCUCCGUCGCUUUGAACGCGCAAGUGCAAAAGGUCAGUCUUUUUACUGCACUUGCUCACUCACGUGUGUCGCUAUCGGCCUGGCUCGCUGGCUCACCAGAUGAACGACCAGCUGGAUGCAGCUGACGAGAGGAGGGAGAAGGAGCUCAACGAAAUGCGGGAGACGUACGAUGCACAACUACACACACAAAGGGGACGGCCGUCAGGCCUGGCCGGUCAGACGGGUCAGCCUUCCUGCCUGUCCUUCUCUUGGCAUGAAUCACACAGACUGGAGCGUGCCGUCCAAGAGGCCCAGGCGGCGUGCGACGCGGAGACGAUCGAGAAGAAAAAAGCACGCAAGCUCGUGGAGAAGAUGAAAGCCGAAACCGCCACGCUUUUUGUCAGAAACAAACAAGCAAACAAUCCUCUUUCCAUCCACACCCACGCCUCCCUACGUUUCGUGUCAUCAGAACAACUUCAAGGAGCUGCAGGGGCGCCUGCGUGCGUUGGAGCGGCUGGAGGAGACGCAGGGCCACCUGGUGCGGCGGCUUGAGGCGGAGCAGCUGCUUCGCCGUGCGAGGGAGGCGGAGUUGAUGAAGCACCAGAAGGCACUGCAGGAGGCGCAGAAGGCCGGAGGGACUGGCGCUGGCGUGGGCGAGCCUCCCGAGGCAGAGACCGGGAAAGAAGCCGAGCCAGAAAGGUACACACAUCCAUUUGAGAAGACAUGCAAUCAAACAGCAGGCAUUACCUCUCGGCCCUCCUCUAGGCUUGAGGCGGGUUCUGGUGAGGCCGAGAGCGCGGCAGUGGCCGAGUUGGUUCGCAUCGUGACCGGGGAGGAGCCGCAGCAGCGGCCUGAAGAAGAGGACGAGGAGGAGGUGGCGGCUGCGGCCGCUGAGGGGGAGGACGACUUCACCAGACAGACCAUGGUCAGCGUCAGGCGACUCGCUACCAUGAAGGAGGAAGUGCGCAAGCUCAACGAGGUGAGGUAGUGAUUGACGGCAUCAACUGCAUGCGGCACUCACAUGUGUGCAUGUGUCUCCUCGUUUUGACUGGCAUCAGAGCUUCCACGGUGGUUCUGCGCUGUCUCGCGCGGUGUCGCAUCUGAUGAUGGCGGGCCGGGGCGAGGAGCAGCACAUCACCAUCAUCGAGGACCUGAAGCGGCAGCUCAAGAGCCUCAAGGACGAAAACAGGCACCUCCUGGAAGAAGCGGUAAGCCCCCCGGACUCGCACUACACACGCGACGAUGCAAUUUCUUUUUCUCUUUUUCUGUCAGUCGUCCUUGCGGGAGCGUCUUGACGGCAUCAGCACGACACCCUCAAUUCGUAAGAGACACUUAUCUGCAUCAUCGAUGCAACUUCCUCAUAUGGCGCUUGUCAUUCAGAGGCACUCGAGGAGAAGAUCCGCAGUCUACAGGCGAUGAACAGCCGCAAGGAGGAACAGCUGAGGAGCCUCAGGUCGGAGUUCCGCGACCUCGUCAGGCAGAUCGAGACGCUGCAUGGCUCGUUCGCCGCCAGAGUGAGUCACCUUAGGGAGCAGAUCCCGAAAGAAGGGAUGCAGCCACGGUCAGCAUAAUAAGUGCAAGGACCUGAAUGAUGCGUGCCACGCUUCAUGUGUGGAUGUGUGGAUGUGUAUGCAGGCCUCCGGCUCGUCUGGUGUCCCGUCCUCCUAUUCAUCCUCAGACAGCCCGACGCCCACCUGUCCCACCGAUCGACCUACACCUGGUCGCUGUGGCGAGGUGCGCAAGACACACACGCCCUUGCGUCCAUCGAUCAAUUUGCUCGCCGUUGCCACGUACCCGAUGUGUGUGUCGUCUCUCUCAUGUGUUAGAGAGGUCCGUCUGCCACAGCUGCCUCCCUCCCGAGAGGAGGAGCCUGUCCCUGCCCCUGUCCCUGCCCCGCUGUCAGCUCCGCCCGACGUUGCCGCGUUUGUGUCGGUGAGCGCCCCCAUGUCCCCACGGGCAGCACCUGGAGCACGGGCUCACCGUGCUGUGUCGGCGCCACCAAGAUCGUUCGGCAUCGGAAGGUUGCCGCCGGGAACCAUCAUGAAACAGGUGAGCGGGUGAAUACGCGUAAAACAGGCACCGCACCUGACACUUGUCGUGGAUGGACGCGUGCCUGGUUGCAGACGGAGUUGUGGAUUCACCGAUGGCUGGACACGAUGCACUAUCGCUCCGAACAGCUUCGCAAGUUUGUGGAUGACCACUCACCGCCCCCCAGCCACCGAUCACACCACCCACCCGUCCCGCCGAUGGACCUCUCGCAACCCAUUCCCGCACAUACACAAACACUCCCCGCCAUCCCUUCCCUCAGCCCCCCUCGGGUGCUGCCGGUCCGGCCGCCUAUCCACCACAUGCUGUCGCCCUGCCCCGAGUCACAUUAUGCCAGCACUCUGCAGUCCGCCACGCCAUCCUUCGCCACACCGCAGAGGCACGAGCCCAUUCCGCUUAUGCCCGAAGUGUCUGAUGGGCUGCUGCAUGGUCUUCAGGGCGUCAAGGAGGAGAGGAAGCGGGGACGGAAUGGCGAGUUCCUCCUGUCGGCGUGCUGCGAUGGUAGCAACAACAACAUGUCCGUUUCUCAGCUCAACGGCGCGAGUGCCAGCUGUGCGCCUUGCCUGCUCUGCCAGAAGGACACCAGCAGCAGAAAGGGGCCACCCGUGCCGCCUCUCCGCCUCCCACCGCUCCCGCCUCUCAAUCGCACGGCGGCAUCCAUGCUCUCGCCACGAUCAGCUAACCGAGACACGACACUGACUGACACCAAUGGCAACGGCCUCGUACGUCAUCUGGUGUCGCCCCGUGUCAGCGGAUUCGCUGCUGGAGGCGAGAACAACUACUCAUCCGGACAAGAUACGACAGCCCGCCCGGUUCCUGCGCAGCAGCCGGUCGCAGCGUGGCGUCCCAGUCCAGCACCACCACCGAUUCAUAUGGCACAGCUGUUCCAGGCGCCAAACGUCAGUUUGACACUCCACAGACCGCCCCCUUUCAUGAGCCCCGCAGGGACAAACGCAUGAACGGCACCGGCCAACUCACGGGAGUGAGGCCAUGGGAGCGAGGCUAUGGGAGUGAAGGAGUGUUCAAUACCGCCAUCCACACAUUCGUGGUGACUGACUUGUGGUUUUCCUGAAAUGAAGUGGUGCACGGGUGGUCGGCACGAUAUGUUUAUUUUUCCUGCUGCAUGUGUCGGUCUGUUUUCAUGAGUGGUCGGUCCAACGAUGUAUCAAGCGGGGAGCUGCGUCUCACGUGGGGAUACCAGACAUCAAUGACAUCGUUUGCCAAAUCAGGGUGUUUUCUUCCUCAAUCAAUCACUUGCUGCC